UAUUUGUUCUUAAUCCAGAUUAAGAAUUGAGGAUCUAGGAUCUGCUCAUUGCAGUUGGACGAAACCUGAAGCAACAUGCAGCGUGUAACACACUUUAUUCAAGGACAUCAGAGAGUUAUCCUGGAACUCAAACAAAAUGACCUACAGAAAUCUCUCAUCCAGGCGCUUAAAGAACUUACUGAAAAGAGGGCUGCAGCAGCUGCAGCAGUAGGCAAUACCACACGGAUUCAUAACCACCGCAACGAUGUCGCACAAGGCGUCCAGCGUCAAAUCCACACGGGCUGGAAAAGCCAUUCUUCAGGCGGGUCCCGCUUCGGGGAAGCGUACGAACCUUGGUCGGACGACAUGGCUUGCAUCCUUCAAGGGAGUUGUCUUCCCGGCAGCACACGCUACUGCAGAACUCUCUCCAUGUUCACCAAGAUGGACCUGAAGGACAUCAUGCAGGCAACAACGGUGAACAGCUUUCCUGAUGGAAAACGCCACUACCACACAUCCUCUGCUGCUAAACUGCAAUUGUGGUCCCCCUCAGCCCAUUCAAGAAAGGCAACUUCUUCACAGAGCCCACUUGCCAUGGCCCAAUACUCAACAGAGAGUAGCCAGGACAAGACUGAACCUCAGCCAGACCAAGGCCAGGUUAGUCAGAGACAAAGACUAAAGAUGGCUGUGCGUGAUUAUGGCUCUACUGUUGUUGUGUUCCAUGUCUGCAUUUCACUCAUGUCACUUGGAGGUUUCUAUUUAGCAGUAUCCAGUGGAAUAGAUAUGCAGUCUCUCCUCUCCACUCUGGGUUUUAGUGCAGACAUCAUCCAGUCCAAGGUUGCGACCGGAACCAGCACGUUCGUCAUGGCCUACGCAGUCCACAAAGUCUUUGCUCCAGUACGCAUCGGCAUCACAUUGACAUGCACGCCUUUCAUCGUCAGGUACCUUCGAGGGAUCGGGCUUUUAAAGCGGCCCCUCCCAACUAAAUGAAUUGAAAUGCAAACUGAAUGAGUCUUCCCAGCUCCUACAUAUGACUGAACAGGAUGGAAAGAAAUCAAGACUGAAAUUUGGAAAGUGAAAAAAUUUCACACAGUAUGGAGCCGAAUUUAUUUUCAUACAAAAUUCUGACUCUUGAUGAAGUUUACUUAUUUCCUGCAUUUUAUCAUGCCUUUUUUUUGUAUUGCUUUGUAAACUUGUUUUGAUUUUCAUUUCAUUUGAAUUUGAUCCAGUAGAGAAUAGAAUAUACAAAUAAAUAUAAUUUGCAAAGAUAUAGAAACCGUUGAUCAAUACUUCGUGGUGUAUAUAUAUGUUAGGAGUUACCUUUCCUUGAUCAAUUCAUAUUUGAAUUGAAUAUUUUAAGAUGCCAGGGGCCUGUUGUAUAAAAGAAAACUCUGGCUUUUUUUUUUGCCAGAGUUUUACGAUGUUUUCAAUGUCAGUGGCAUAAUUUUGUUUUAUACUAGAGUGUAUGUUUAUUGCCAGAAUUUUUUUAUGGCAAAAGUUUUAUGCAAGAGGCCCCAGGGGACGCAGAAUGACACAAACCAUGUAAAAUCCAUGACUAAAAGAUAAUACUGUAUCCUGUUAAUAUCUGCUGCAUUAAUACAAGGCCCAUAUGACAAAAUUUAAAAAUAUGGGUUUCUUCAACUUUUCGAUCACUAUCCAUGCUGAAACCAAAAUUUCAAAAUUCAGUGACAAAGGGUCAAGUGUAUAAAAACUGUAGAUAUUAUCAAUAUAAUAUGUUGUGUAGUACCAGUAUUUUGUGUCAUGUGCCAAUUUGGUAUUUGUAUGUGGCUCCUGGAUGAGUAUGAGAACAAGUGGACUCUGGGCAAAACAUUUAAUGUAAAAUGAUAUCAUGGUCAACAUACUCUGAAAUUUUAGUAAUUAAUAAAAUGAUAUAAACAUGACAUUGAAUAUGCGUUUCCUGACUUCUAUUUUGCAUAUAUAAUGAAGUAUUACAUUGCUGUGCAGGUGGAAUUAUGUUCAUGGAUAUGUAAUGAAGUUAAAUGCAGUCUUUAGCUUGAUUUGUACUACAUGUAGUUAAGUUUAUGAAUACUUUCAUCAACAAAAACCAUAGCAUUAUCUUAUAAAACCCUAUUUUCUUGGCCAUGUUACGAACAUUUAAAAGUAGGCUCAUAUAUAUGUAUAUUUUUUUAUUAUUUAGAACACAGUAUUUACACUGGUCCUUUGUACCACAAAUUUAGUGCCCAGAACGAUCAUAAUAAACUUGAGUGAUGUAAAUGUCACCCAUCCUGUGUCCAGAAAUCCAUGAAAUAUGAUUCACAAUUGUGAAUUAAUACUCAUUGUGCAUUAUAUAAUAUCCAAGGGCAUACAUUAUAUGACCAAAAUGUAUUGAAUAAUUUUUAGUCAGUCUAAAGUGACAACUCCAUUACAUUGUAUAUGCUAAAUCAGCAUGAAAAGUUAUUACUAUUAACUUCAUGAUUGAUGUUUCUUUUUUUUUGAUCAAGUAUACAUGUAUAUUAAUAUGGAUAUAUGAAUGUAGUAUAUUUUACAGUACAAAUCAUUAUUUGUGUAGGACCCUUUCUCUAACUGAAAUGAAAGUAAUUUAUUUCUAUCUGUAAUUUAUUCAUAUCUAGUGUAGGAUCUUUUUAGUGUGACGUAUAAAGGUACACGUUAGUUAUCUUCUCACAGUUCUUUGUAACAAUCUAUAGAAAAUAUGUAUAUUUAUGUGUAAAAAGGCCACAACACACCUAACAAGUCUGUUCAGCAAUCUGGUAUUGAAACAUGUCAUUUUCCACAUUUUGUGAAAAUAUGAACUUAUUCAAGGUACAGAAUAUCUGUGACUUAAAUCAAACAAAAAAGAGAAUUAUUAGUCCUUAUGACAGAUAAAAAGCAGAACUGGUUUCAAAUCGUACACAGGAAGUCACUAUGAAUUUACUUGAAUACCAUGGAGGAUUGCAAUAGCCAUGAAUCUAUAUCAUGAAUCAAAGUUGAUCAAUUAAGCCUUAUGUCUCGAUACUCACAUAACAUUAUGCUGUCUUUAUUCCAAAUUAGUUUGCAGACCUUUUGUAAGUUGUGCAGUGGGCUUGACUCAUUUGUGGCCUUACAUGUAUGCUAUAUUUGUUCUUUUAUGUGCCAUGUUAUAUUUCAUGUAUGAUAUUGAAUGAUGAAUAAUUUUGUAAGUGCAUUGAUCAAGAUUCUGGGCAUAAAUUGGUUCACAGAACAAGGAACCAGUCACCCUACCAAUCACUCGGUUUUAAACAUUCAGGUCUGUAUUCUGAGGUCGGGUUUAACUUAAACUGUGAUGCAAGUUAAAUUCGAGUCUAACUAAUCCACACUUAGACCAUGGGUCCAGUCUAAAACUCCAGUUUAGCGUGAUUUGUGUUAUACCCUGGGUUUUAGGUGUAGUCCAACUUAAACCUGUGGUCUAAAGUGAGAUUUUGACCGGAGUUAGACCAGACUUAAACCAAGGUUUAACUUAAACCCGACUUCAGAAUACGGGCUUCAGAGUCAGGCAGUUUAUAUUUGUUGGUGUAUUUACACAGUUCAAGUUCUUUUUUUCAAAGGAUCACCUCCAUCUACAUGUAUGUAUUUCAUCUGUUUGAAAGAAAACCUGGAUAAGAAGAGCAAACAA